AUGGCAACCAACGACAAGAAUAUGACUAGCACGUACGAGUCACUACGAACAUUAUCAUUACACGAACGAUUCUGUUUGGUAAGAGACAAUCUUGGCAUUCCACCUCUUUUGUGCGCCCUUUCGACAUUCCAAUUGAAUGACAAAGAUGAUCUUCAAGGGAUACAAAGCAACGUUGAGAAGCGGAUACAGUAUCUUCUCGAUUCCGUUCCACUUCUUUCUUGUUUCAUAGAAGACCCAAAAGCCACAUUUGCAAACUUUGCAAGACGAAGGGAUGGUUCACCAUACCAGUCAAAGGACAUUCUGGUGCGAGAUGCAAUCAACUGGUCACAAGAAGAAGACCAGAACAGUACAAUCGAAGAGAGACACGCAUUGAUGGAAGUUCGAUUGAUCGAAUGGCAAAAAGAGCACCUUAGACCACGCAUCGACAAACCAUUAUGGAGAGUUCACUUUAUUCAAUCGUCUGCUCAAUCCGAUUUGAUCACCCUUGCACUGUCUAUCCAUCAUGUUCUUACGGAUGGGAGAGCGAUGAUCAACGUCAUGGCGUUCUUGUCUGCACCAGAAUACCAACCGCUUUCCUCUCCGGAGAUCUUGGCAGGAACAGUCGCUUUAAAAGAGAUUCUACCUCCGCGAAAUGAAGAUGUGAUGCCCUAUGUCAAAGCAUCAAUAUUGAUGAAAGUUUGGCUUAUCGUGAAGGACAAGUUGCCAAGUCUACUACCAGACUUUAUCCGGAGAUGGUUCAAUCUGCAAGCACCUUGGCCAGCGGGUGCGUUAUUGAAGGAUGCUCCUUCACCGUUAACAGCUGAGAUUAGCACACAUGUCAUCAUGUUCAGAGGAGGCGAUUCAAGUAUUGCCAGACCGAGAGAGCGCAUUUAUCCAUCAUCAGUUCUUGAUCCUCUCCGAGCCAACGGAAAGAAAUUUGGGAUUCCAACAAUUCAUCCAAACGUUCAUACGGCCUGCUUGAUUGGGUUAGGCGCAAUGCUGAAAAUGGAUGAACGUACAGAAGAUAAAUCCACUAUUCUUCUUACAACUCACACACCAACCACUUUACGCAAUCUUGGAGAGCAUGGAACAGUUUCGGGUAAUUUCGUAGGCGCUUAUGUUCAUUCUCAGCUGGUACCAAAAAAAGAUGAUAAAGUAUGGAGAAUGUCUCGUGAUUAUCUAAAGGCUUUAACAAGUCCAAAAACAAAGAUUGCCGCUCAAAGAUUGUGGAGCUUGUUGCCGGUCUUGUUCGCCAAGGGUAGAUCGCUCAGAUACGAGAGAUCGUCAAAGCGAACGGCCGAAGCGCCAACUGUAGGAGAAGCGUAUCUUUUGGGCAAGAUCAAACAAGCAGAUGAAGGAAAGGCUACUUUAGGGUCUUUGGAAAUCAGUAACCCUGGCAUGCUAACACCGUUGGACAGUAGAAUUGUUGGUGUCUCAUGGAUGCAAAACACAAGUCCUACUGCCAGUACAAUGGGCGUAGAUGUUUGUCGUUGGAAGAUUGCAAAAGAUGACAAGCUGAACGAAGGCGCAAUUAAUGAUGGUCUAACGAUUAGUAUAACGAUCCAAAAAGGCAUUUUUGUUACCCCCCAACAAGAGAAAGCCUUUGUUCAUCACGUUCGUCGUGCAAUGAAGUUGCUUCUUUUAGACAAAUGGCGAACGGAUAUCACCGUUGGUCAACUGACUGAAGCAAUAGAAGCGGUUGAUUGA